GCCACUCCUUCCACUCAACCUCCAUGCGCUGCUCAUAACUCUCACUAUAUCAUCUCUGAGAGGCCAAAGAGACUGCAGACGCACCGAGGGACGGCGCGUAAGCUCAUUCAAAAUGCGGUUCCCGCUUCACCUGCUCCUGCUGCUUUCCGGCUGGAUCGCGGGAUCACUCGCGAACACUCAAGAGGAUGCUGUGCGCGAGUUAUUCGCUCGGGAUGACACUCUUGGUCCCCCGACGACAUCUACGCACACCAAUAACUGGGCUGUUCUCGUUUGUGCGUCCCGCUACUGGUUCAACUAUCGACAUAUGGCCAAUGCAUUGGGAAUGUAUCGGACAGUAAAGCGUCUGGGGAUUCCCGACUCGAACAUUAUCCUAAUGUUAGGCGACGACGCGGCCUGCAAUCCACGCAACAAGUUUCCCGGGAGCGUCUACGCGGAGAAGGGCUGCAAGCUCGACCUCUAUGGCGACAAUGUCGAGGUGGACUACCGAGGCUACGAAGUCACCGUCGAGAACUUCAUCCGCCUGCUCACUGGACGGGUUGACCCAUCGGUUCCGCGCUCGAAGCGGCUGCUCACGGACGACCGCUCGAAUAUCUUCAUCUACAUGACUGGUCACGGCGGGAAUGAGUUCCUCAAGUUCCAGGACACCGAGGAGAUCAGCGCUUUCGAUAUUGCGGACGCGUUCGCGCAGAUGCACGAGAAGCGGCGGUAUAACGAGAUCUUCUUCAUGAUCGAUACUUGCCAGGCGAAUACAAUGUACUCAAAGUUCUACUCGCCUAACGUGCUUGCGACGGGCUCGUCGUUGCUGGAUGAGAACUCGUACUCGCAUGAGAACGACCCCGACCUCGGCAUCGCUGUCAUCGAUAGUUAUACCCACUAUGUCCUUGAGUACCUCGAGGGCAUCAACAAGACUAGCCCGCUGACUAUGCAAGACCUGUUCGACCAUUACGAUGUCGAGAAGAUUCGCUCGCACCCGGGAGUUCGCAGCGACCUCUUCAAACGCCCUGUCGAGAGCGCGCUCAUCACCGACUUUUUCGGCGGCGUUGCCCAGGUGGAAGUUAUGCAGAACGUUGCCGACAUCGCAGUGGAUUCUGCACCCACCGACGAUGCGCUCGCGCAAGAAGAGGCGUCAUCACACCUCACAAGUGCCCCGAAGAUAGGUGCCGUCCCGCCACGGAAUAUGUCCAUAGAGCAGCAUACAGAAGUAUCUUCACGGAACAGUACUUGGCGGGUAUGUAGGUCCUGGGUCGGACUGGGGCUUGUGGGCGGAUUAGUAGGCUGGGUAAGUACGCGAUAGUAAUGUCAGAGAAAUAUCAUGAGUAGUGGCUCUGAGCCAGCUCAGUCAAGAACGACGACCGUCAGACGUGUAUCAUAAGGUGCCAUAGUCAAGAAUCGUCCUAUCGGACGCGACGGUCGCUGGCUUCUGAGGUAGGACUCUAGAUAGAGGUGUCGGGUUCGACUGGUCCGCCUUCUCGUAGUGCAUGCCUUCGGUACAUGCUUUGACAUUAUGCUUUCUGUUAAGAUUGGCCGUGAGAGGACGUGCGACGAUGAACCAAGUGAGAGCUACACUUACGGUGAUUUCAGGUGCGAUACGACCCCUUCGAGCUUGAACAAUCGGCGCGACGGUGGGCACAGCAAGCAAAGCCAC